AUUAAAAGUCCAAUUGUCCGAGCCUAGUCCAUCGACUCAACACCACCAUCGCGUGUGCACAAACUCUUCUCUGCAACAAAGAGCAAACCCUAACCGUAGGAACACAAGCAACCAUGGUGUGCAUACGCAAAGCCACCAUAGACGACCUCUUGGCGAUGCAAGCAUGCAACCUCUUCUGCCUCCCAGAGAACUACCAAAUGAAAUACUACUUCUAUCACAUACUAUCGUGGCCUCAGCUCCUAUACGUUGCCGAAGACUACGGCGGCAAGAUCGUGGGCUACGUGCUGGCCAAGAUGGAGGAAGAGAGCUCCGAGAGUCACGGCCACAUCACCUCCCUCGCCGUCCUCCGAACCCACCGCAAACUCGGUCUCGCCACCAAGCUCAUGACCGCCGCACAAAACGCCAUGGAACAGGUGUUCGGUGCCGAUUACGUGUUGCUGCACGUGAGGAAGAGCAAUCGGGCGGCGUUUAAUCUGUAUACGGAAACUUUGGGUUACAAGAUUCAUGAUGUUGAGGCGAAGUACUAUGCGGAUGGUGAGGAUGCCUAUGAUAUGAGGAAGCAGCUGAAUGGCAAGCACCACCACCACCACCACCACCAUGGUGGUGGAUGUUGCUCCGGUGAGGCGAAGAGUGGCCAUGCAAAAGCGGAGUCUAAGACGGUGGCGGCAUCGGCAGAGUGAUGGUGAGAGAAUGCAUCUUGGGCCAGUGACAUGCUCAUCAUUGAGUGAUGAUCGGUUGAUUAUUAGUGGUUCCUCAACUGGUGGUAUCACAAUAUAAGGUCUUUCAACUGGUCAGCGGGUAGCUACCCUAAGGUCAAGUGAUUCAGCCGGUUUUAUGACAUUCCUUCUCUGUGAUAGUUUUAAUUGUAAUUGCAUAUCUGCUAUGCUUAUACUUUGUUUCAAAUAUACACACACACGCAUAAUAUGUACCCUUUCCUCCAUCUCAUAUUGUAUGCCAUUUCUUCCCAGUUGCCAGCAUUAUGAAUUCACAUUCAAGUGAAAACUAGAAGCUUUGAAAGAAUUCAAAUUCAAUUAAGAAGGCAAUUAAUAUUUUUUACAACAGUAUGUAGUUUUGUUUUUUGAAGUGAAUAUCUAUUCCGGGCAUUUGUAAAAAAAUACAAAAAAAUAGAUAAAUUAUAUAGAUCUGUGGAGUUUUGCAUCUUUAAAUAAGAAAGAGAAGAAUCCUAUAUGUAGAAAUCGAUGACACGAAGCAUGCAGAUGAGGAAAUUUUCCAAGGAAAUUAAAGGAAGGGAUACUAACUCGAUGCACCAGCUAUAACUUAAACCCCACACACACAAAGGACUUGUAGCGGGUAAAAGUGGCUCCUUGAUGAACAAUCAAAGAAGCACCACUUCUGGCUUCUAAAAUUUAGUUGGCAGUCUUUGAUUCUUACCAGUCAUGAUAUGGCUAGUUUUCUCUCUCUUUUCCCCUAUUUGUGGUUAUAAAAAUAGUGGACACAGUGCAAACACACCCAAUAUAGCACAUUUUUUGACCUUGGGACCAAUAUUUGAUACCUCUUAUACACGUUAGAGGGAAUAUUUCUUCUCUUUCUUGCUUCAUUUAGGCAUUGCUCAAGAGUUGCAUCGGUUGGGCUUGCGGAGUUGCCAUGUUUUCAUCGUCCUGUUAUGUUUAUAUAAUAAAAUUUAUAUUUGUUUAUUUAUUUCUGAUGUGUGUGGGUGUGUGUGUGUGUUUUUUUUUUUUGGUAAAUAAUAUAUUUGUGAUGAAUCGCUUCCUCAAAUCUAGUAUAUAUUCUUCUGUUCAUAUUGAAUAUUUAACAUUCUUCAUCAAUCGAUAAAAGUCUAGAGUUCCUUUACAAUAAGGUUUUGUAGAUUUUUGGUGUUUCUUGUAAAUCUAUAUUGUGGGAUGGAUAUCUGGUUGUAGCUGGGUAUUUGCUAAAACAUAUGAAGGCAUUGUAUAUUGUGAUAACAUGGUAUGAUUUGUUUUUCAACUUCUCGUUACAGGGCAUUAGGACCUUGUAUUUCAACUCUUCUUCUCAUUUACUGUUUGAUGGAUCAACUGCAGGAUAUGCUUCUUGUUGGACCUUAGGUAUGCUUAACUGAUAAAAACUAUGCAUGCUAUUUCAUGGAAUCGAGUUCUCUUAAGAGCUAAUUUUGUUGCAAAACCAUUAUCUCAAACUAAUGCCUAGAUGCAUAUUAUUGCUAAUUCUGAAAAUGAAACUAUGCUAAAUAAGCAGUAUAUUUGAUUUAUCCUCUAUUGCCUAAUAUUUACAAUGACUAAGCGUUGAGGAAAUUGUUUUUGUGGGGACUGAGGAGGUAUUUAAACAUGCAAUCAAGGUGUUAGCCUUAAGAUUAAUCUUCAUUGCUCAUAGAAAGCGAAAUUUAGUAAUAUGCUUAUCUGAACUUGGUAAAUUCUAGCUAAUUUUAUUCAAGUCUUUGCUGUCUGAUAGUUUCUGAAGUUUCUUGAUGAUUGUUAUGCUGGAUGAGUUGUAAAUUUGGCAAGUUGACCUUGUUCCGUUACAUUGCCGGACAAUGAGAAAUCUUUGGGAGACGCAAUGUUUUAUAUUCUAUGCAUCACCUGCAAAUUGAUAGAUCAACAACAUUAGUUACUGGUGGAAUAGAUGGUGUGGUUCAUGUAUUGGAUGAGAACACGGGUGAAGUAUAUCCAUGGUGCAUUUUGUAUGGAAGUAAAAGGUGUGUAUGGAGUCACUGAACGGAAGCUAGUGCAGCAGAUGCCCCCAUUGAUCUCAUUCCUGGAACUUGUCGACCUCCGAUCAGGUGCUUGGCUGUUGGAAUGCAGAAGGUUCUCAUCGCACACAAUGGCAAGUGCAUCAGAAUAAGGAAAUUCAAAGCAUAAUCAGUAUCACCUCUUCUGGUGCGGAUUUGUGAUCAAUGAAGUUUAAAGAUGACGGACAACCAUUGGAAGAAAAAACAGCAAGAAGAAAUAAGAUAUGAAUAGUGACUAAAAGUUUUCAAAUGAUUUAUGUUUACUGGCCAGUCUUCUUAUCAGUUGUAUUACCCAUAACUUGUAUUUUUUCGUAUUCCGUAUAUGCAUUAUUGUCAAAUUUAUGUCACCUCUCUAUUAUGGUUAAAUUAGUAAAAUGAUUCAUAUUAUAA